GAACUCGUGGCCAGAAGCUCAGCCUGCAGUCGGCGCAGAACCUCCUGCAGGAAGAAGUGGACCGAGAGGAGGAGCAGUCAGAGGAGCUUCUGGAGAAGUUCAUGGAGGGAAACGUGGGCCUGGACGAGUUCCUGGACUCCUUCCAAAGCUCCAGGAAGACGUAUCACAUCCGCCGGGCUCAAGCGGAGAAGAUGCAGGAGGUCGCGAGGAAGAAGAGCCUCAAGUUAAAGAAACCUGCGGAGGAUAAAAUCAAAAUCCAGGAAGUGAGGAAGGAGGAAGUGAGGAAGGACUCCGAGCAUCUUCAGGAUCCUCAGAGGCCGAAUGGAUUCGUAGCUCAAGGACCGUUAAGAGUUUUCCAGGUUCGAUACGGGUUAACUCCGGCCAUUCUCCUCCCACAUUAUCCUGUUUCUCCCCCUGCUUCAGCGCCAUGUUUUCCCAGUAGUAACCCCCCCCCUGAGCCCCAGCUGGGACAGAUCCUCAGCCCCAGCAGCGUGAUGUCAGGACACCACAGACAGCCGGUGGGGUUAAGGGUCAUCGGACAGUUACCGGGAGGCUGGCCUGCGAACGGGAGGCCGGUGAGACUGCAGCAGCUUUACAGACCCCCCCCCCAACAGCCAGAGCCCCCCUACCGAUAAGAGAAAAGAGGAGGAGAUGGGAGGAAAUGGGAGGAGGAGGAAUGUUUAAAAAAAAAAAAAGGUUUGGAGGCCGUCCAAAAACAAACGGUGGCUGUUGUCACUAUCAUGUAAAACUGAUCCAGAGACAGGUACAACUGCUGAAGGAUCUGUUCUCCAUCCAUUACACAGGACACCAGAGCAGAGGCAGGGAGGGGAGCUGGAGGUCACUUAACCUAAGGUGAGGGGAGGUGAGGUAACUUAAGGUGAGGGAAGGUGAGAUGAGGUCACUUAACUUAAGGUAAGGUGAGGUAACUUAGCCUAAGGUGAGAUAAGGUAACUUAAUUUAAGAUGAGGUAACUUAACUUAAGCUGAGGUGAGGUAACUUAACUUAAGGUAAGGUGAGGUGAGUUAAGGUCACUUAACUUAAGAUGAGGUAACUUAACUUAAGGUGAGGUAAGGUGAGAUAAGGUCACUUAACUUAAGGUGAGGUGAGGUAACUUAAGGUAAGGUGAGAUAAGGUCACUUAACUUAAGGUGAGGUGAGUUAACUUAACUUAAGGUGAGUUAACUUAACUUAAGGUGAGUUAACUUAGCUUAAGGUGAGGUGAGAUAAGGUCACUUAACUUAAGGUAAGGUGAGGGUUAGGGAUGGGGAUGGGCUCCGAUAGCCGGAUUUGCUAAGCUACUACAAUGCUAACGAAUCUCUUAUCUCUACCUUUCGUCUCUCUUUAUGCCUUUUUGUUUUUAAAUGGAUAACAUUUAGACAAAUCCUGCAGCUGAUUUGAAAGCUGUUUCUGGUCUUUUAAAAGCCAUUACUGCAUUUACACUCAGAGUAAUACUUUUAGCGUGGUCCUUAAGUCGACCCGGUUACGUUUUUUUUGCCUCAAAGAACCCGUCUGAAAUUAUUUAAGAUACAAAUUUAAGGAAAAAAUAACAUUUCCGUACAGCUUACUGUUACGUACCUGUUCACUCCUCCGCAGACUGCAUGGAGACAGGAACUCAUCAAACUUGAAUUCUGGCAUUGAAAUGGAAAUGUGAGCAAGUAAACGGAGAACCAAGGGGUUGGCUAGCUGCUAACCGUUUGUUUGCGGUUCACGGUCAAUGCUUGGUCAGCAUGCCGCUCAGAAUAUGAUUUUAAGAAUAACGGCAGUUCAGGAAGGUCAAGUUUGUAUCGUGAGAAGAAGAUGUUGCUUUUACUAAACGAGGUUUUAUGCAGAUAUUUAGCACAAAUCGAUGCUAAUGAGCCUCAUUCACAAAGACCAGAUAAACGACUUGAAAAGUACACAACAGAUACGGAUACAGAUACAACAGGCUGCCAUUGAUUAAAGACUGUGGUGUUUCUGCCUCGGCCGACAUCUUUUAUUUUAACUUUGUACCACCCACAGAUGCUUAAAGGCAACCUGAGAUUAUAUAAGGAGUCAGAUUCGAUACAAAAGGCUAUCGAACCCCAUCCCUACUGAGAAGGAAUUCAUGUUAUUUUAAAAUUUUAUUAUAUUUUUAUACUUUACAAGAAGGGAUGAGAAGCACAUCUUUUUAAAGAGAGACAUGAAAAUAUGUCAUCGUCCAUCCAUGCAGUUCUUCCGAAACAGAGAAGCAUCAAAGUGAACGACUGCGUCAAUAAAAAGGUGUUUUAAUAUAAAUCUCAUUGUUCUUCAUCUCAUCAAGUAACAACAUUCAUAUCCUUGGAAUAAACUCUAAAAAUGAAUGAAUGCCGUGGAGGUUAAUCCCAGAACAAAGGGAGAAGGUGGUAUUUAUUAAUAAUUCCCUGUCAAAAUGCGAUUUCACGAGCUCACACCGUUUAUUUAUUCAUGUCAAUCCUAUUUUAAAUGGCUGACUUCAAAGCUUCUUGCUUACUGUGCUAAAUGAAGAGCUGCUUCUCUCUUUCAGUGUGUUUGAAUUUGUAUCCCCCCCCCCCCCCCCGCUCCGAAGUGGGAUGCAGGGUGAGGGGAAUGUAAUCUCUAUGAGAAUAACGGCGCUCUGCAAAGCCACAGAAUAUAAUAGAAGGAGGUUUUCCUUCUCGUGUCGACCUCCUUUAAUCCUCAUUGCUCAUCCUUCAGCAUUUCAAACAGUAAAGAUCGGGAUUGUAUAUUUUGCUCAUUAAAGGGAGAGUUCUGUGUUUUUAAUGUGGGGUUAAAUGAGGGCUGUGUGGAGUUUAUGAAAUAUCAUCAAUUAACAGUCACACACAUCAGUCAAAUGGAUCUAAUGACUUCAAUCAAUAGCUGAUUAUCAUAAAUGACACAUUCGUUGUUCGGGGUGUUCAGCAUACAAGACACUCUCCUUCCACUCUUGCAGCGUACACAUCCAGAAGAAAUCCUGGAAGACUAAUGAUCAAAUGGAUCUAAUAACUUCAAUCAAUCAUUUUACAUUUCAUUUUAUAAUAACAUAGCCCAUUAUCAUAAAUUACACAUUAGUUUUUGGGGGGUGUUCAGCAUAUGACACUCUGUCCUCGCAGCGUACAAUUACGAUUCCUGAUAAAUCUAUAGGAACAUUUGUAUAAAUCUUGAGGAGAGCAAAAGAGGAAGGAUCCUUCUCCAAGGAUACACAGACGUGCAAUAGAUGAUGUGUUUAUAGAUUAAAACCGAUGAAAAUGACAACAUAGAGAAUCUAAAUGUCAAAAAUCAUCCGUGUGUCGCCAAAAAAUACCAAUUUGGGUAGUCAUUAAACAGAAAUCACACGAAUUGGGAAAUGACAUCACUUUACUGUAAUGCAUCCUUUAAAACAGGGGUGUCAAACUCAAGGCCCGGGGGCCACAGCCGGCCCGCGACUUCAUUUUAUGUGGCCCUGCAAGAGCUUGCAAAGAAUGUAAUACGUUUAUUAUACGAUUAAAUGCCGCUUCACAGAAUCAGGUUGCCCAUAAACUACAUGUCCCACAAUGCAUUUCGUUUUGUGACAUGCCACUGAAGAGACUUGCAAUUAUUUGCUUUCAGACGUAGUUAAUUACUAAGUUAUUAUCCUCUCCGAUAAUAAUCCAAUUCAGAGGCAAUAAUGUAAUAUAACACAUUAUUUUAUAUCUAUUAUAUAUUUAUAUAUAUGUAUAUUUUAUAUGGUUACAACCGGCCCUUUGAGUGCAACCAUAAUGCUGAUGUGGCCCGCGAUGAAAUUGAGUUUGACACCCCUGCUUUAAAACAAGGAAUCAAACAAUACUUGUGUCAUGUUACGAUAUCUUAAAUCUAACAUGAGAUCAACAUCAUAUUGAUAUAUUGCCCGGUCUCCAUUGAUCAUUGAUUUGUUAGCUUUGAAAGCACAUAUUUACUGCCUCCAUGCAUUAGUGUUUGUGUUAUUGUGGGUGAUUGAAAACGAACCCUUUUUAAAACCCUGAAAUCACACAAUAACACAAACUAAAUAAUAGAUAUUUGCAGCUGUGCAUUACAUGCUAAAAUGUCCUGGUUUCGUCAAUGGAGUCUGGUGGAGUUUUAAAGCGAGGUAAAGAGGUGAGGAUAUCCAAUCCAUUUGAUUUCUAUAGCACAUUUAAAAACAACAAAGUGCUGUACAUCAACAACUAUAAAAACAUAGCAUACAUACAUAAAAACAGACAGGACAUGAAACAAAUGUAAAACACGAGACAAUGAAACCAGAUCAGAAGCCACCGACUGAGAAACUCUCCUACAUGACGUGAAAACAAUACAAAACACUAUGAAAACCCACAUUUAAAAGCACAAGUGUCACCUGGCCUGUAAAAGCAAGUGGGUUUUUUAACGAGAUUUCCGUAUCCGAAAUGUUGCGUACACUUCAAGUGAUAUUGAUUGAUUUCCACCUCAUCAAACCCCACUUUAAAAUAUGUGAGCCAUCCCUUUAACAACUCAUUUAAGUGCAUGCUUACUACAGCUUGGCAAAGAACAUGAAAAUGCCUUGUUCAGGCCAGUAUAAAACGUAUUUUCAAAGAUGUAAAGAGAAUAUUCCUAAUUAAGUAAGAGUUGUAAAUGCGUUUCAAGCCUGUGAGGAUUUCUUUAAUGUUUGAUUUUUUACAAUUUGGGUUAUUUUCAAAGAGUUUUUAAGCCAUCAUUCUUCAACUAACUGCUGUGAAUGAAGCGACGUCGCUGAAAAAGAAGUACAGAGAGAUGCAAAGUGUCGGGGGGGGGGGAAAGUUAUUCGGAUCUUAUCAGAGGUUUUUUGUUAGCUGCCCAUGUCUGUGGUGUCUUUUCUGAUGAUGUGAAACGUUACAAUUGGUUAUCCUUUCAUCUCUAAAGGCAUGCUGUACGAUGAUUAAAUAAUAAACUAUCAACAAGUGGUACAUUUUAAUUCUAUAAUUCAUAAUUUUUCUUUGACUUUUGUUGCUUUUUGGUUUAUUUAUUGUAUAUUUGAAUAAGAAAAUGGAAAGUUAUUAUACAAGCUGUCUGUUGAACUUCCUUUUUAGCAACGAUGCCACAUUCACAAGGAAUACCUUCAAGUGUUAUUAUAGCAAGAAAAAUGAUGGCUAAAAGACUCAAAUGCAAAUAAUAAUGUCUGGUAUCGUUGAAUCAUCAAUAAUUACAUGUGCCAUGGAUAUUUAUUUUUUCCAGAUUUGGUGAUAUUUUAUGCAAUUGUUUUUCUCCAUUCUGAGUUGUAUUUGUUUAUCGUAUUUGUAUGUUUAUUUUUAUUUACUUUCAUGCCUUCAAUACCAUGAUUUUGCUUACAAUCUCUUACUGAAUAAACAAAAGAACACAUUGCCUUU